AAUUUAAAUGGAAUCUUUCAAUGAAUGACGGAGUUUAUUCGAGAUUAAGAUGCAUUUUGUUCACGUUAAUAAAGCUGUAUAAAGCUAUAACAAAAUGAGUAGUAUGAAACUUGAUGUACAGUGGUCCCCUAUUCAUGCAAACAAAUUCAUUACCUGGGGUACAGAGAUCUGUCUGUAUGAAGUUACACAAGUAAAAGACAAUAUAAGGCAAUUAUAUACAAAGAUCUCUGACUCUACCGUAGCUCAUUUACUUGCUACAAAUACCAAUCAUCAUUAUGUUAAAUGUAUCGAUAUAUAUCCACAACCAGAGCCUGAUAUUCUGUUAGCAGUUGGACAAGCAAAUGGAAAAGUUGCAUUAACUACUUUCGGUCCAACAGUGUUUGAUUCACAAGGUCUUACUGGAAAAGAAUUAGUUCCAAAACAUGCAAGACAAUGCAAUACCGUUGCUUGGAAUCCCAUAGAUACAAACUUAAUUGUAUCUGGUUUAGACAAACAUAAUAAAGAACAUUCCAUUUUAUUAUGGGAUGUAAAUAGAGGAGCGCAAGGCACUGAAAGAGUGCAUCAUCAUACCACAGUACAAACAGAUUCCAUAAGACCUAUUGCUGAAGUUUCUGUUUCUGAAACUGUACAUUCUGCUGCUUGGUUCAAACACGAACAGAAAUGUCUGGUAGUUGGUGCAAACAAUAAACAAUUGAAAAUUAUUGACUUCAGAGAUUCUGCAAAGGUAAUAAAUACUGCAGCCACCAAAUCAGUGUACAAUGUAUCUGUCAAUCCGCACAAUAAUUAUCAUUUAGUCUCGAGUGUAGAUAAUCAAAUAACAAUUUGGGAUACAAGAUGCUUUGAAAAGCCUGUUUUGACUUUGUCUCAAGCCAGACAAGUUACUAAAGUUUUAUGGUGUCCAACCAGGCACAAUCUUUUGGGAGCUCUACAAAAAGAUUCGGUGACAUUGCAUUUAUACGACAUUCAGCACUGUGGGAUUGGCGGAGGAGAAGAUACCGAACCUGGGGCUUUAGAAAGGACUGUUGCACCACCAUGGCACAAUCCAAUAAGUUUUUCAUGGCACCCGUCACAUGUAAAUAGACUACUGGCAAUAUCGCAGCAAGGACUUACAGAUUAUACAGUUUGUGAGAGGAUUACAGUAAACUGGUCCACCAGAUCUCAUCUCGCAUGGAAUCAUGCCUCUAAGUCAUUUAAAUACAUAUGCAAUAACGAUAGCAUUUACAAAGCUCUGGACGAUAUUUCUAUUUUGACUAAGACACGUGCAACUUCGGAAUACGGAUUACUUCCAGAACUGGCUCAGAAUGGCGAACUGGCCGAGAAUGAUACCUUAAAGAACCUGUGGCAGUGGUUGUACCUGAGUCGUUAUUUGGUUGAAGAUGGAACUAUAUCUAGUCCAGAUAAUAAACAUCCAGGUGUCAGAACAGUUUUAAAAGUAGAUGGCCAACAGGGAAGUAAUGGUUUUCUGAAGUCAGAAUUGAUUCAUCGUCCUUGGUCGGAUAUAGGAUCAAAUCACACUGCAAAAAUUUACAGGUCUCCAGAUAGAGAUAAAGGUUUGCUUUUAUGUGGCUGGAGAUUCGACAAGGAUACCAAUACUCUGUACGAUAACUUGUUCCUAGAACGAUUGGAAAGAGAUGGAGCGUACCCAAGAGCAGCUGCAAUAGCGGUGUUUAAUUUAUGUUUGCGACAAGCGAUAGAAAUUUUGAAUCGAGGUGCCAAUAAAAUGUCAAUGUCAGCGAAUCUGAACAUUGUUGCCAUGGCUUUAUCAGGGUUUUCUGAAGAUAGAAAUAGUAUGUGGAGAGAAUCAUGCUUGAAAUGUCGGUCCCAACUUUCAGAUCCUUAUUUAAGAGCAACCUUUGCGUUUCUGACGGCGGAUGAUUCUUACGAAAAUGUUUUAAAUGAAAAUGGUAUGGCAGUCGAGGACAGAGUAGCGUUCGCGCUGAUGUUUCUAUCGGAUAAUAAGUUGAACGAAUAUUUGAAACGAUUCACUCAAAAAUUAACAGACGAGGGUAACUUAUCUGGUUUCCUUUUAACAGGUGCAAGUUUAGAAGGUAUACAGUUAUUAAAUCGGUAUUUAGAAAUUACCGGAGAUGUUCAAAGUUGCAGUCUGCUAGCUAUCAGAGCAUUCACACCAAAAUUACUCCAAGAGAAUCAAGUCCAAGUAUGGAUCACUAGUUAUAGAAAUCUUUUGAACGCGUGGAAAAUGUGGACUCAAAGAGCACAUUUCGAUAUUGCAAUGCGAUCGUCGACAAACGAGAAACCUCCUCAACAAAUAUAUGUGUCUUGUAAUUUUUGUGGCAAAAGUAUAUCCGCAUUUAUGCAGGGUCUAAGUAGAGCACGGGGACCUUUUGGUAGAUUAGGAAGUACGCCCAACAAAUUGAAGAUGUCUUCGUGUCCAAAUUGCCGAAAACCGUUGCCAAGAUGUGCAAUAUGUUUGAUGCAUAUGGGUACUGUAAGCGGAUUACAAAUGACAACAUCCGGUGUAAAUAGAAACGAAGAAGGCGACAACAAAUUAACAGAAUUUAAUAACUGGUUCACAUGGUGUCAGUCAUGCAGACACGGUGGUCACGCCGAUCACAUUACACAUUGGUUUCGGCAACAUUCUGAGUGUCCAGUAACAUCGUGUACUUGUAGAUGUUUUUCCUUGGAUGCAUCAUGUAAAAUAGGAUUUUAGGAUAUCGUAUUGUACGUUUAAUAAGUUGACCGUAAUGUAAAAAUAAUACAAGGAUCGUCAAUUUCUGUGCAAC